UGCUCCCCAGGCCGCCAUUUGCCCUCCAUCGCCCUCCAUCUUUGCGCCAUCGCUUGCUCUGCCUCGAGCCGCUUCCGCCCGGCAUCCGUCGCCUGAUACCGUUGGGCUCCGGCCGCUGUGUCCCAGCGACCCUACUGUCUCCUUUGCAUUGUCAUUCGCUCCUGGCAUUUGGCUAUCGCAGCCAACUCUCGAGCGUUUGGUGGCCGCCACUCCAUGAAGACCCACACCAGCCUCCCGCCUCGCCGCUGCUUCUGCAAGCUUGAGGAGCUUCGACAGGCCGGGUUCCCUCUCCGCCCUUCAACCCAUCCCACUCCAGCCAUGCCUGAGCCGUGCGUCUCCGUCGUCCCCGUCCCCGAGCCUCCAGCGGCAGCUCUCUGCGUCCCUUUGCUGAGUCCACAACCACGGCCAAGCAUCAUCGAGCAGCUGCCCUACGAUAUCCUGCUCACCAUAUCCGAGUCCUUCAAAUCCGAUAUCGAUCUGAUCGUAUUUGCGGCUGCCGUCCGUAUUACCUCCAGCAACAUUGCCAGGACCGCAGAGACUCUCGAUGCUCGGCUUAAGCGGGCGAUCAAGCAGUCCAACAUCAACGACAUCAGCCUAUUGAUCAACAUUUCGAAGCAGACCGAGCUCACUAUCUGGGAGAGGGUUGGCUCGUCGGGAACUAUAAAGCUGUCCAAGUCGCUCGAACUCAACACCAGUCUCAGAUCGCUCUCUCUAGAGGGCCUCAGCAUACGCUCCGACGGGGUUGCAUCGCUGGCUCGAGCCCUCAUCAGGAACACGACCCUCGCCGACCUCAACAUUCGUGGGAACCUAGUCGGAGAUGACGGCGCUGCCCACCUGGGGGAAAUGCUCACGCACAACACAGUCCUGACGAGUCUCCACUUGCAAGGCUGCCAAAUACAAGAAGAGGGUGCGAAAGCGUUGGCCAGCGCUCUCAAAGUCAACCACUCACUCAAGAAUCUCAAUCUGCAUCUCAACACAAUCGGCGCUUCUGGGGCAAAAUACAUCGGGGAGGCUCUGACCGCCAACAAGACACUAGAAUGUCUAGAUCUAUCACACAACGGCAUCAGCUCGGAUGGUGCCCAAGCCAUAUCAACAGGGCUGGGCGAUAACGCGGCGCUGCAGUCGCUCAAUCUUAGCAUCAAUCACAUCACAGAUAGCGGAGCUCAGGCGAUCGGACAAAUGCUGACGAAGAAUACGGAGCUGUUUCGUUUGGCGCUGCGGAGCAACGGCAUCUCCGACAAAGGCGUCCAGCAUUUGUAUCAAGGCUUGAUUUGCAACCACUCGCUGCUAGACCUGGAUUUGAAAGGCAACUUUAUCGGGGACGCAGGACUCGAGUGGAUCGUGGCCUGUCUCAAGCAAAACUCGGCGCUCGUUCGGGUGCAUCUGCAGAGCAACAAUCUGAGCAAGUCGAGUACGGAGUUGAUUGCAUCGACCCUCAUGGAGAGGCUGGAGGUUCUCCUGUGAGCCCAAAUCAUCCCAAACUGCUCUAUGCGGGUUUCCACCAGUCGGGCUCUGGCCCGGCUUCAUCGAUAUCUUCCCUCAUACCUUCUGACUCUUGAGUGUCGUUGCUGCUCACCGUGAAGGGCGAAUGCCCCCCGCUGCCGCCCCAUCGCUUCCGCGUAGCUUGUCAGUUCUUCCAAGCGAGCCGAGGCGCACCGGGGCUAUGGAGGGACGCGAUUCGAAUAUGGCCAGACUUUUCAAACAGCAUCAUCCGUCAUCUGAGUUCUGACACUUCAUGUGUGCCUGCUUGGAGUAUUCGAACAAUACCAGCCUUUCUUGCAUCGAAA